UUAUUAUGUUGGCUCUACUGCCACAUAAACAUCAAAGAACAUGUGAACAUAACCUAUAAGUUCUAUAACAGUUUCUUCUUUUUUUGUGCCAAAUUUAGUCAGUUUGGGGCUCUAGAAGUGUAAAAUUAUGACUCCAUUAUGGUUUUUGUCACCUCUUAUAUUAAACGACCUCAUCUUAUACUUAUUGGUGCCGCAUUAGCCGUAUUGUUGCUAUUUUCACUAAAUGGCAUUAAAUUAAGGCCUGACGAACUCGAACUAGGAUUGGAACCCGAUACUGAGACGGCAUGGAAGCCCCCAUCACAGUUAAUAUCCGUAAAACAUGAUGUUAGAGCAAAAAUAUUCAAUCUAACUCUGAAGUACAUUUUGACGCCAGCCCCAUGUCUCAAUUUCGAAACCCUCGCUGUGAUAAUAGUAACAUCCCAUCACAACAACGUAGAGACCCGCAGUGCCAUGCGUCGAGCCAUUCCCCGUGAAGAAUUGACAAAAUUGGGACUAAAAAGAACAUUUCUCGUGGGAGAAUCCCCCGACAAUAUUUACAUGAAUCAAGCAGCUUUGGUGGACGAAAACCACCGUUUUGGAGACAUCAUCCAAGGCAACUUCAUUGAAGACUAUCGAAAUCUAACAUUCAAGCACUUAAUGGGCCUGAAAUGGGUAAGCGAGAACUGCCAAAACACCCAAUAUGUCAUAAAAAUGGACGACGAUAUUGUUAUCAAUGUUGGCAGCACUGUCCAACUUUUACGAAAUUUGACUCUUCCAGCAGAUUCCAUUGCGGGGUAUGUUUUGCGAGACAUGACCCCUAAACGUGAUCCCUCAAACAAAUGGUACGUCACAUCGGAAGAAUAUCACUUUGCUAAAUACCCGUCGUUUGUUUCCGGUUGGUUCUACAUCACUAGAGUUGGUGUGGCCUCCAGGUUGGUACUCCUGUCGCAUUAUUUCAAGUUUUUUUGGAUUGAUGAUGUUUACGUGACCGGCAUUUUGGCAAAAAAUUUGAGACUGAGAUUAAUUGAUUUAAAGAGGUAUUUUACGGUUUUUCCGGAAUUUUUGCAAUGCUGCAUUACCGACGUAAAGAGAAAUCUAGAGUGUAACAUCUUAGUAGGGCCCAACGGAGGCGAUAGUAAUCUUUUUUUUGAAUUUAAUGAAGCCAUGAAAUUGUGCGGAAAAUGUGGGAAGAGAGAUAAGCCGAUAAAUGAGACGUGCGUGGCUGAAAGAAAAAUUAAUCUUGGGAGAGGAAAUGUCGUCAUUCAGAAUUAUAGUUUACACUAACAAAAAUACUAUAAGUAUUGUUAUUUAUUAAUUUGACCUGUGACCAGACUAAUAUGUGAUAUAUUUUAUAAAGUAGUGUUUAAUAAAUAAAUAGAUUUUGUUAUA